AUGAGUAGAGCAGGGAGCAGCGGGGGCGGCCGGAGCUCUCUGGGCUACCUCUUUGAGCCGGAUGAGAUCUUCCCGAUCCGCAGGUUCAAGUCCAACCAAGAGACCGAGAAGCCCUCGGAAGACAGCAUCGUCAUGCAGCCGCAGGACGACAAGGUCAUGACCGGUGAUGAAGCAGACCACCAAGAACCGCCGUAUCAGGCUCCUCCCAAGAGAGAGGAGGUAUCGAACCCGAUUGUGUCUCACAGACCUGCUUCCAUCAUCUACCACACUAACCAAUCGGGCAACAACACCGGGCUUCUAAUCACCGACCGACCGUCGACGAGGGUCCGGUGUGCACCGGGAGGGGCGUCGUCGCUUGGAUUUCUCUUCUCUUCGGAGACGAACGUAACUGACGACAAAUGAUGAGCCGGUGCGCGCAUCAACAAAGAGUUUAUGACUUGAUCUAUUUAUGCAAAAUUGCCUCAAAAAAGUUCUAUUUAUGCAAAAGGAGGGUGUUCUAAUUUAUGUAGCACGAGUGUGGCAUAUGCCUUGCAUGGCCUACAUAUCUACGUGCAUGUACCGUGUUGGGUGUUGCUUGGCCGCGUGAGUGUCACAUACAUAGAGCGCUUGCGGGGACCUCUGUGGUAAUUACUGCUAUCCAGAGCUUAAGGUAUAUGGGGUUUAAGUGAUGAUUGGGUGUUCAAUUCAAAUGGUUUUGUUACUCUUGUGGUUAAUGUGUAAUUCCAAGAGUGAAUAUAGAUUGU